CUGCUUGUACAAACUCCAGACCAUAGGCUAGGGGCUUCUGUGCAGUGCAACGUCCCCGCCCUGUGUCAGCAGCCGGCGCCUCUGGUCCCGUGCCCACCGCGAGCGCACGUCCCUGUCAGUGCUGGCAACCUGUCACCGCCGAGGACGUGACUCCGAGCUGCCUCCGCUCUCUCCAAGCCCUAUUCCUUUAAGAUGAUGUAAUAGUCAUUUCCCUGGAUGGUUUCUUGCCUGCACUGCUCACACAACAGCAUCCGAACUGCUCCUGGCACCGUGGGACCUCUCAGCUUUGGAGCCCAAGCCCUGCAGGCAUCUCCUCGCCUCCCCGACUGCUUUUCUUUCCCACCUGGCGGGGACAUGGGCGUCCCUUUGCCCUUGCCGGCAGGUGGGGUGGCUGCUGCGACCCUGGGGGGCGCAUCUGUCUGUCUCCCUGCCUCUGGGCUCUCUGAAUGCCUCUAAGUCCAGGUACCUCUUGCAACUCUCCCAGGUGCAAAGGAUCUAUCUGUUCUAUAAGGUUUGGAUUUUGUUUUUUCUUUUUUGCCUACGGAAGGUUUGGUUGAAUUUUUUUUUUCCUCCGCUCCACUUCUUCGACUCAGCAUCCUCUCCGUUCAACUUUUUUUCCCCGAUCCGUUUUAACUAGAGAUUGGAAGUGAAUUCAUACACACAUCCAUACACACAUAUAGAAACGUACACCUACUAGCGCUUAAGUGUGGAAUCAUUGUUUUCCGAGAGCACAGAUCUCUUGACACUUUUCAUCGAUACCUCUGUCUUUUACCUGUUUGGGAUUUGACAAGACGUCCAGGUUCAGCGUGGCUGUGGUUUCUGAUUGUUCUGGAAAAGGUUAUUUCUUCGCAAGAACCCAGUCUCCAGCACUCGCUAAGACAGACCUCUGAGUAACUGGGCAUUUGGCUUUCUUGCCUACCGAGCCUAAUGGAAGAUUGAGUGUAGACAAGCUGGUUGUUACAUUCUGUGAAGAGCUCGAUACCAGCCAGCUUUAAACUCCUUUAAUGCUCCUCGUCCAGCAUUACUUCACCUGUGGACUCUCCUAAAAAUUUGCUUUGUUGGGAGAAUAAAAAACCAAAACAAAACUGGGGUAAGAGGAAGUAAUUUUAAAAAAGAAAAGUUAGUACCUUUUUCUUACCUUACGAGUGGAUGCAAAGCAUAGGGCUAUAACUCGGUUGGACUGCACCUUUAAUUCCAGGGAGCUGCAGAAGAAAGGGACAAUGGCUCUGAGUGGGAACUGUAGCCGUUAUUAUCCACGGGACCAAGGGACUGCUGUUCCCAACUCCUUCCCAGAAGUCAUAGAGCUGAAUGUUGGGGGUCAGGUUUACUUUACUCGCCAUUCCACAUUAAUAAGCAUCCCCCAUUCUCUCCUGUGGAAAAUGUUUUCCCCAAAGAGAGACACUGCUAACGAUCUAGCCAAGGACUCCAAGGGAAGGGUUUUCAUUGACAGAGACGGCUUUCUGUUCCGUUAUAUUCUGGACUAUCUCAGGGACAGGCAGGUGGUCCUGCCUGAUCACUUUCCAGAAAGAGGAAGGCUGAAAAGAGAAGCUGAGUAUUUCCAACUCCCUGACCUCGUCAAACUCCUGGCCCCCGAGGAAAUCAAGCAAAGCCCGGAUGAGUUCUGCCACAGUGACUUCGAAGAUGCCUCCCAAGGAAGCGACACAAGAAUCUGCCCCCCCUCUUCGCUGCUUCCUCAUGACCGCAAGUGGGGUUUUAUUACUGUGGGUUACAGGGGAUCCUGUACCUUGGGCAGAGAGGGGCAAGCAGAUGCCAAGUUUCGGAGAGUUCCUCGGAUUUUGGUUUGCGGAAGGAUUUCCUUGGCAAAGGAAGUCUUUGGAGAAACUUUGAAUGAAAGUAGAGACCCCGAUCGAGCUCCAGAAAGAUACACCUCCAGAUUUUAUCUCAAGUUCAAACAUCUGGAAAGAGCUUUUGAUAUGCUGUCAGAGUGUGGAUUCCACAUGGUGGCCUGUAACUCCUCAGUUACAGCAUCUUUUGUCAACCAGUAUACAGAAGACAAGAUCUGGUCGAGCUAUACCGAAUACGUCUUCUAUCGUGAGCCUUCCAGGUGGUCCUCAUCUCAUUGUGAUUGCUGCUGCAAGAAUGGCAAGGGAGACAAAGGGGAGAGCGGGACCUCCUGCAAUGAUCUCUCUACUUCCAGCUGUGACAGCCAGUCAGAGGCCAGCUCUCCCCAGGAGACGGUGAUCUGUGGGCCCGUAACUCGCCAGAGCAACAUCCAGACACUGGACAGGCCCAUCAAGAAAGGCCCAGUGCAGCUGAUCCAACAGUCUGAGAUGAGGCGGAAAAGUGACCUGCUCCGGACUCUGACCUCAGGCUCCAGGGAGUCGAACAUAAGCAGCAAAAAGAAAGCUGCGAAGGAAAAGCUCUCCAUCGAGGAAGAGCUGGAGAAAUGUAUCCAGGAUUUCCUGAAGAUAAAAAUUCCAGAUCGAUUCCCUGAGAGAAAACAUCCUUGGCAGUCUGAACUUUUACGGAAGUACCAUCUAUAGGGGAGGGCUGCCGGUAGUCACCACUUUGAAAUAAACCCCCUAAAAGGAAGACAUAUGUUAAAGGAAAAAAUAACAACUAACGAUCCACAUUUGUUAGAACACAAUGUCCAUUGAUGUACUACUGCCUACUUUGCCUAGCUCACCUUAACGUGUAAAUCCACAGGGUAGAUUUCUUUCUAGAUGUGGAACCGGAAGCGAGCUCUUACGUUGUUGUCCGUUGUCUUUUAUUUACUUGGUCCCAUGUGCUGGGGAUCUUAAGAUGCAAGGAGAACCAGCUACGUGUGAGUAGCUCACAGGCUUUGGGAGUCCAUCGAUCCCAAACUAGGUUUUUUUGUUUGUUUUGUUUUGUUUUGUUUUGUUUACUCUCAUUUUCUGCCUCCUUCCCUUGACGCAGGAUGGACAGGUGAAGGAGAUAUAACCCAGUGGCAUAUGUUAAGAAAUUAUCCUUUCCCUUCCCUUUUGUUUAUGGGGUGAGGGGAGAACGGCAGAUUUGUAGGAUUUUUCACUAAAAUCUCUAUGUGCCAGGUUCUAUUGACUUUGUAUGCAUGAGCGUUUCUGACACAAGCACAGUAUAUGUCUGUAUAUAUGCACAAAGAAUGCACAUGACCCAGGGGGACAGGAGAGGGCUAACACCUUACUGUCAGCUGCCCCUACAAGAGCACUUCAGACAACAAAGCCUCUGCCUAUUUAUUAAAACCCUCCCGGGCAGAUUUCCCAGCCUCCCUUGGCAACACUUUCUAAAGCUGAACAGGCCCCCAUCAUCAACAAAUUCUCCUUCUUAUUUUGAAAUAAAUACCCUCAGGCUCUUUCGAAUUAUUGUGUUCUUUCCCUACAUGAGGAGCCAGUGAGAUGAGCUAGUCUAACCCUGUUGAUAUUUAAGAGACAGACCAACAGUCAUAUCCACAAACAGCAUUGAGACGCCCCUCAGCCUUCUCCAUUCUUAUUGGAAUGACCGACCCACCUUUCUCUAGCUGAUUCAGAGUUUUAACUGGCCCACAUUUUAUUAAAGAGGCCUUUGUUGUAAUCCAGGCAAAUUCUCUGCAUCUUUAUCGGUUGUGAAGCUACGCAUCCAGCCUCUGUUCACUUGUUUUGGAGGAUUUGUGCCUCUACGUACUUCUUAAUUUCCCAUGCAAACUUUAAACUACACCUGUACACUAUUGCUUAUUGGAGCCAGGUUUGGAUAUCUUUGGAAUCCCGGGGUUUGGCUGUGGUCCUACUAUGGUUUAGUUGUAUAAUUUCUACAGUGUCUAUAAUGACCCAAGUGGGUAGCUGGAACAUAAAAGUUACUAAUUUGAUUUUUUAAACUUUUAAAAAAUAUUCCUGACCUGUAUAGAUACCAUCCAAAAGAAAUUGUUAAUACUGUCUAUACAUGUGACUCUGUCUUCUAUUAAUCUGCCAGUAGUUCUUUUGUUCACUUGUGUUAAAAGAAUGUCCAAAGACAACUUUUAAUUUUCAGCAUUCCUCAUAUAUCUCAGUGGUAACUGAAAAGAUGAUUUAUCACUAGUGUGUGCCAAGAAUUCCUAUUUUUUUUUUGUUUUGUGUGAGUGUGUGUGUGCAUACGCAUGUGCCCAUGUGUCAUUGUGUGCAUGUGUGUAUGGUUAGCACAAGUAAUAAAGGCAAUCAGACAAUGUUUUUAUAGAAGAAAAAUCUAGUAACCAGUUUCUUCUUUCUGAAAACUUUCAUUGAGGCACAUUUAUUAUUUAAGAACCUCCUCCUUGAUUUAUUAGUGCCCAUUAGUAUGUGAUUGUCUUUCUGAAUUUUUUAUAAUUCUUGACUACACAGGUGGAUAAUAGGAUAAGGCAAUAUUUUCUUGUCCUGAUGCUUCAAGUGAAGUUUAAAAUUCUAUUUAAGUGAAAAAGAAAAUUUCCUUGAGGUGCUGAGUGGCCAGGAAAAUUAUCAUUUAUGAAAGUGUUCUUUUGCAUAUUGAUAGUUUAGCAGAUAGUUGAUAGAUAGCUUUGUGUGUAAAUCCUAUUAAUGCAUCAUUUAUCCUCUCAAUGUUUCUUGAUGGUACAUCAAAAAUACUCUCAUAGUUAUUAUGGAAGAUAUUGUGAAGCAUCAUGGAUCUUAAUGGCUCAAGAAGACACUGAAAGUGAAUUGUUGACCAGGCCAUCAUUGACUGAAUCAUUUAAAGGGCUUCCAGAGAAUAUGAGAUUUGAAUAAAUUGGCCAAAGUUUCAAGUACUUAAAAUUUCAACCAUAAUCCUAAUGGUAUUGAGACACUCAAGAAUUGGUCUGGCCAUUGACCUACAGCUUCUACUAGAGUCUUCAAAUAGGAAAUACAGUGCUGUACCCAAAGUAUUGUAGCAUUGUCCUGAAGGCUUUGUUGUUGUGGCUUUUUCUCUUCCUUCACAGGUACUCUUUGUACCCAUGAUGAACAAGCUUAGCAGUAGAAAUCUGUUGAAAACAACAACAUAUCACUUUCAUUUUGGCCUACCUGUAAAGUGGCACCUA